AACAUUCGUUCAGCGUCAGUGGUUGUGAUUGGUCGUCAUCUGUUGCUGUGCGUUUAAUUUCGUUCAGUGAUACGACGGAAAAUUAAACAAAAAAACAAACAAAAUGAAAAAGUUCCUCUUCAAAUUGUUGGUGUGUUCCAUUUUGGUCGUAUUUGUUAACAGCUACUCCGACGACGACGCUUGGAAUGAUUACAAACUAACACACAAGAAAGAUUACACGGGCUUCUUCGGCGGUGGAUGGCGAGACCAAAUGCGCAAGAAACUUUUCCUGGCCGAAUAUGCUAAAAUUAAGGAGCACAACAGCGGAGAAUCGCCGUCCUACAGACGAGGAUUGAACAAAUUCUCUGACAUGUUGCCCUCGGAGUGGUCUAGAUAUUUGGGGCUCAAUAAAGCUGCCUUGGUUGCCGCACGGUUGAAGGCCGGGCCCACUAAAUUUAAGGUGGAAAGCAGAGAUGUUUCUCCUACCCUCGAUCUCCGCUACGACAUCUGUUUGCCGGAAGUAAAAGACCAAGGACAGUGUGGAAGUUGCUGGGCUUUUGCUGCGGUUGCCCCUCUUGAAUUCGCCCAAUGCAAGAAAGACUCGACUCGCGUGGUUUUGAGCGAGCGGCAACUUGUGGAUUGCGAUCGACUAGACGGCGGCUGCAACGGCGGAAUGUACACGAAUGCUUGGACCUACAUGCAGAACGCCGGCGGAAGUGCAAAACAAACGCUGUACAGUCCUUACAAUGCCAGGAAAAACUUUUGCAAAUUCAGAAGCAGCAUGGUCGGAGCCCAAGUUUCCACAUUCGAUUUCCUUCCGGCCAAUAAUCCCUUGGCCAUGCAAGUAGCUAUGGAACAACACGGUCUUCUCGCGGUGGCCAUUGCAGUGGUGCAUUCCUUUCUGUCAUUUCGCGGAGAUGUGUACGACGACAAUGCUUGUGAUGACGCUGAGAUCAAUCACGCUGUAGUCGUCGUCGGUUGGGGCAAUCUCAACGGAGUCGACUACUGGAUGGUCCGUAAUUCGUGGGGGACCAACUGGGGACUCUCCGGCUACAUUCGAAUCAAGAGGGGCGUCAACAAAUGCGGAAUCGAAUCCUAUCCCGCCUACGUUGUGCCAGCCUGAAUUGGAUUUUGUGGCCAAUCGCAUCAACUUCGAACAAUUCGAAAAAUUCAUUCAUUCAUUUCUGAAUGACAUUUCAACUUCCCAGAAAUACCUUUAUCUUUUAAAUGUUGUUUGAAGCGCUUAUUUAUUAGAAUUGACGGAUAAAAAAAAAUUGCACAACCAA